AUGGAUCGCAUGCCAUCCCAACAAGGUAGCCCUGCCCAUGGCGUCAUGAUGCCGCCCCCGUAUGCCAACUUGAAACCGGCAAUGGUGGACUACAUUGUCAACUCAGACGAUGUCCCAGUCGGCGCCAAGUUGCAUGGGCAUGGCCUAACGGCGAUUACCUCGCCGUGCUUUUUAUAUCGGGAACACCCUCCGGGACCGGCAUCCGAGUUUUCGGCCGCACCAGACUCCACGUAUGGUACCAACAGCUUCCGUAACAAGCCGAGUACUGGCGGGCGCUCUCUUCACGAUGGCUCCAACGCCACGACGUUGAGCGGGUUGGCCCAUUUGGAUACUGCUAUUGGUGGUAUGCAACUAGACGCGCGGUCUGCAGCCUCGCUGCCUCCAUCUGACUUUUACAUACCCGCGACCAGUGACUCCGAAAAUUGGACACAGGGAAGUAUACCAAGGUUCAGCCAUAUGACGCACGAUGACCUGUUUGAAAAUGCCGCUACUGGCUUCGACACGACAGACAUGUUCAGCACUCCGGAUAUCAACGACAGCCAGAGCGUGAACGGGACUGCAGAGAUUGUUGAGCGCCACUCGUUUCAGAACCAGAACGGUUUCAACUGCUUUCUGUGCCCAAAAAAUAACCGAAAAGUCACCAAGACAAGGUCCGAGAUGAUGUACGUGACGGGGUUUUGUCUUGGUUAG